UGCCACGCGUAUGAAUUUGCUUUGCAAGCUAGGUGGCACGCAAUGUCAGGCACAGAGCUACUCAUGGCAUGUGAACUUUCAGGCAUCGUCUCUGUGCCCGAAAUCCUUUUAAACCUAAACAACCCAGCAUGUUUGACAGAAUAGCGCCCCUCGAACUUUUAUAAAUCUCUCAUGAAGCCCUUUACACUCUUUUUUGUCGUGGCCUCUGCAUGUUCCGUGUUGGCUACACCCAUAGCGGUGGGUAGUGGUUUGGAAGCAAGAAGCCCGUUAGAGGAGGCCCGUGAGGUAUGUGAUCUGCAAUGUUUGUCUUAUGCACGCUCAUUUAUCUCGUCGACCCAAAGCCCAGCAAUCCAGACUGGAAGCGGAUUGCCCAAGGCUCACCUCCUGACUGGAAACGGGAGGCCGAGUCGGAUUCAUCUCCUGACUGGAGACGCGAAGCCCAGGGUUCACCUCCCGACUGGUAAACACAGUGAUGAACGAGCAGGACCCUCUCGAUACAUCUACUUAAUUCAUCACUUGUCCUUUGUUGUUCUCGUAUUCAAUCUCCAUACAGAAAGUCAUCUUUAAAUCUUGGCCUCACUUCGCAGUACUAUUAAUCAAUCUGGACAUUUGCGUUAUCUAUAGCAAAGGGCAGGCUAAUUGUGGUGGGUUACUACGGGGAGUAGUCUGUGUACUCUUAGGCGGUAGGCAACAGGGACGAACGCUCUUCUGCUGCGGUU